CUUCCGUCGAGAGAGCUGAGCGGAGCUGAGCGUUGCAGAGAAAAGCUGGCUGGGCACCGGGACAGACUGGCCGGGUCAGGGCUGGAGCACCUCCAAGUGAUUUUUCAGACAAACAGAGAUGUGAGUCUUAGAAUUCAGGCCUGCUCUGGAGCAAGGCUGAUCUCCCCCCAAGACAAACAAUGGCCGCUGUUCUUGCCCCAUCAUAUCAGGAGGAGUUCCUAUUAGUGAAACUGGAGGAAAAUUCCUGCUUGGGUCAGGACCCUAAUCUCUGGGGAUAUGACCCUGACUCUGAAGCCUCCCACCAGCACUUCAGGCAGUUCCAGUACGAACCGUCCGCUCAGCCUCAUGAAGUGCUCUUCCGCCUCCAAGAGCUCUGCCGUCUGUGGCUGAAGCCAGAGAAACGGACAAAGGAGCAGAUUCUGGAACUCCUGGUCCUGGAGCAGUUCCUGAGCAUCUUGCCAGAGGAGCUGCAGGCCUGGGUGUGGGACCAUCAUCCCAAGAACACAGAGCAGGCAGUGACCCUGGUGGAGGCUUGGCAGAAAAAGCCCAAGAGACCAGAUCAGCGGGGACAGGAAGUGCUUUCUGAAUUGCCAGCACCCUUGGGUACAGCACAGGAGUCACGAAGCUUCCAGUUAGGUUCAGCAGAGAUCAAGCCAGAGGGAGCGUCCCAGGAGAAGAGAAUGCAGAGGCCCUACUGGGAACCACUGGAGCAACUGAGCCCUAUGGAGGAGCCCAAGCCCCUGCACAAGAGUGACAGCCUGGCUCCUCAGGUUUCUGCCCUUCCUAAGAUGAAAAGCAUUAGUGACUACAAGAUGGUAGCUGAGUCCCAGGAAGCCCCAGGCCAUGGAAACCCUGCUCAGGACCUCUGCAAGGACAUCGAGGGAGAGGAUUGUGGGAAUGAGCUCUUGCUGGCAGAGUUUCCAGUUCCCAUGUCCAACAUCACUUUGCCAAUACAGCAAGGAAGGGACCCAGGGGACCCAAAUCUCCAGUGCUCUGAGGAAACAGAGAAUUCAAGAGACACCCACACCAAUGAAGAACAAGUAAGGUCUGGCCCAGCAUUUGCUAGGAAAGAAGUGAAAAGUUGGGAGGAACAGAAACAGUGUGAUGGAGCAGACACAAAAGUUUCUGGAGUCCUCUGGAGCUAUGAGGAAACCAUGGCAUUUCUUGCAAUCCUUGGUGAACCUCAGUUCUCAGAAAAACUCCAGUCCCGUCGUCGAAACCGGCAAGUAUACAGAGCGGUAGCUGAACGGCUGCGGGAGCGGGGUUUCCUUCGGACAUUGGAGCAAUGCCGCUACAGAUUCAAAAACCUCCAGACGAGUUACCGGAAAGCGAAGACUGGAAGAGCCCCGGAGUCAUGUGCCUUUUAUGGGGAGAUGGCCACCCUACUGAGCACCCACACCUCUGCUUCCUAUCCUGACACCUCAGGAAAAACUUGGGAUACUUCUCUACCAAGGGACAGCAGUGUUGACACUGAGGAACCAGACAACCGGGACCAUGAGGAGGGGAUAGAGGAUUGUGAUGUUGAUGAGACGACUGACAAGGAACUGACCCAUAAGGACAAGAUGCCAGGCGCCCAAGGCCCAUUCUCUGGCUGCUGGGAUCCCAAAUCCAAAGUGGCCCAUCGAGGGAAGUCGGGGAAAGGCUCAUGGAACUCAGAUCUCCAUAGACUGGAGGAAAGAGAGAGCAGCAAAGAUUCACACUCCAGUGAGGAACAAGGAAAACCUUGUCAGGCUCCAGCAAAGAAGGAAGUAAAAGGCCAGGGGUACCAAGACCUGGGCAGUGCAGAGGACGAGAAAUAUGCAGGGGUACACUGGGGCUAUGAAGAAACCAAGAUCUUUCUGGCAAUUCUCAGUGAGACUUCAUUUUCUGAAAAACUCCGGACCUGUCACAGAAACAGCCAAGUCUACCGCGCCAUCGCCGAGCGGCUGCAGGAGCACGGCUUCCUCCGGACGCUGGAGCAGUGUCGGUACAGAUUCAAAAACCUCCAGACCAGCUACCGGAAAGCAAGAACCAGCCACCCCCCAGGGACCUGUCCCUUCUACAAAGAAAUAGCAGCCCUGAUGCAUUCCCGGGCUGCCAUUAAACCAACUUACACUAUGAAGGGGAUCAUCUGUCCACUAGGGAGGACAGCUGGAGACUCCAACUCCCAGGGACAGGAGCCAGAGGACUGGCAACGAAGGAACACUGGAAAGGGGGCCACAGCCAAAGACGGUGAAAGGAAGGUGUUCACCCAGGAGUCCAAACGUCCCAGGGCUGCAGCCCUUUUCCAGAGUCGAACAGGUGUGCACUGGGGCUAUGAGGAAACCAAGGCUUUUCUGGCAAUCCUCAGUGAAUCUCAGUUUUAUGAAAAGCUCCGGACUCGCCACCCCAACCAGCAGGUGUAUCGGGCCAUUGCUGAGCGCCUGUGUGAGAGGGGCUUCCUGCGGACGCUGGAGCAGUGCCGGACGAAGUUCAACAGCCUCCAGACAAGCUACAGGAAGGCGGGGAGCGGCCGCGCCCCUGAGACCUGUGCUUUCUAUGAUGAGAUGGAUGCCCUAGUGAAUGCCCACACAGCCGUAGCAGCCGCCAGCAUCCUGAAGGAGGUGGCACCCCACCCGGGGCAGGCAGGCAGCGACGCUGACCCUGAAGAGCAGGAGCAGGACAGUUGGCACAGUGAGGAGGCACUGGAAGAUUGUGACAGUGAUGAAGCAGCCAUCAGAGAAGCCAAGAGUCCUGGGGUUCCUGCUUUAGUCCAAGUCUCAGCUGAGUUGAGGAUCCAGAGUGAGAAUAAGGAAGAGGCUCAAAAACAGGGCAUUUCUGAGAAAAGGCAACCCCAGGAAACAGAAGGAGAUGUAACUCAGCUUCUUCACUGGGGGAAAAACUCUGAAAAUGAGUACAAACCAGAGAGUCCAUGGGAGACAGACCUCAGAGAAAGACAAGGAAAACUGACUGCCAAAGAGGAUUUACAAAAUCCCGCCACUCAGAAAGGAUCCUCUGCAGAAGGAAAGCCAUACAAAUGCCUCGAAUGUGAGAAAAGUUUCAGUUGGCGGUCACACCUGGCCAUGCACCAGAGAAUACAUACAGGGGAAAAACCCUAUAAGUGUCUGGAAUGUGGAAAAAGCUUCAGUUGGCGGUCACACCUCAAUACCCACCUGCGAAUCCACACAGGAGAGAAGCCCUAUAAGUGUCUGGAAUGUGGAAAAAGCUUCAGUGAUGGGGCAGGCCUCACUGCCCACCGGAGAAUCCACACAGGAGAGAAGCCCUAUAAGUGUCUGGAAUGUGGAAAAAGCUUCAGGCUCAGCCCCAGCCUGGUUGUGCACCAGAGGAUACACACAGGGGAGAAGCCCUACAAGUGUAGUGAAUGUGGGAAAGGCUUCAGCAACAGCUCACAUUUCAGCGCCCAUUGGCGGACCCACACGGGCGAGAAGCCUCAUGAGUGCCCCGAGUGUGGGAAGAGCUACAGUAAGGGCUCUGCCCUCCACAGACACCAGCGAGUCCACAUGAGAGAAAAGCUUCCUCUGCUGCCCAGGCUCGACUCUCCAGCGGGAAGCCUGUGUGGGAAGAGUUCUGUAAACGGACUGGAUUUGGGGAGACCUUCCAACAGAGAGGGCUGCUUCUGAGCUACCCUGGUUUUGUUCAGGAACAGUGCUGAGCUCUGAUGGAGUGGGAAGAGUGCUGUGUUGGAAGUCAGACCUGGGUUCUAAUCCCAGCUCUGCCACAACUAAUCGACCUUAGGCCAAUCAUUUCCUCUCUUGGAGCCCAGAAAUCUAUAAAUGUAAGAGAUGGCCAAUAUGCUGUUCGAGGUUCUUUUACUCCCAGUACUCAGUGAUCUCCACUUUGGGAGAGGGUCUUUAGUGUCUGAAGCUCAACUCACCAGAUGGGAUCUGAAAUUGGGAAUAUCCAGGUCCCCUUCCCCAGCUGUGCCUUUACCUCGAUGCAUGCCGUUCCCCCUUCCCAUGUGCCUCAGUUUUACCGUUGAUAAAAUGGGGAAAGUAAUCCUGAUCAUCCCAAACAUGAUUUGUUCUUUUGUACUUUCACCCAGAAAGGGAGCCUUCCAAGUCUGGAAGUCUCCUUUCCUCUUACCUCGGGUUUUAUCAGUGCCUCCAUCCCAGAAAAGUAUUUCAUUACCACUGGGAUAGAACCAUUAAACUUUGGGAUUCAGAGUAUCAGGGGGGGUCAGGAAAGAACAAGAGGGAUGAUUUAGGAAUUCUGAGUAUUUUUCUCAGUAUGAAAGAGUACUUAUAAAAUGUGGAAGAACUGGUUAAGAAUAUACGCAGGUUCUCUCUGUCUCUCUCUCUCCCCCUCUUUUUCUCUCUCUCUCUCCUCUAAUGCUGCCAGGUCUUUUUACUUGGAGUUUUCUGAUGAUAGCAGCACUGGGCUUAUAAGGACAAAUGUAGGUUAAUAAAUGGAACUUCAGAGUUUGGUCUGACUGAAUGUAUCAAGAAGUAUCUUAACCCUGGAUAUGGGAAAUGUAGAAAGUGAAACUCACUUCCGCUUUCUCAUGUUAACCUCAAAGAAUGCCUUAGACCAUGGUGAAUGUACUGCGUGUUCCUUUUGUUAUAUUAAUAAAAUUGAAUUUAUUGCUCUAUGUGGUUCUGGAUGAUGACAAUUAUAGGGUGAAGAAUUUAGAUAGCAUUUGGAUGGUUAUGAGAAAAUUGUAAGAAUGCUGAUAAUGCUGGUCCUAAGAUCUAAACACUUUGGUUGGCAAGCCUCCAUCUCUUACUUCUAAGGUCUCUUCCAGCUUCUAAAUCUAUGAUCUGAU